AUGACGGAUCCAAAUGAGAAAGACAAAAUGGAGAAGAAGAGGGAGAGUAAUGCAUUUGUAGUGAGCCUGGCUUUCGCCGAUCUCCUGGUGGUUUGCUAUCCCUACCCUCUGGUCUUGCACGGCAUGCUGCACUCGGGCUGGUUGCCGGGGGAGAUGGAGUGUAAGGUCAGCGGCUUCCUGAUGGGAGCGAGCGUCAUUGGCUCCAUCUUCAACAUCACCGCCAUCGCCAUCAACCGCUACUGUUUCAUCUGCCAGGCCAACACCUACGAGAAAAUCUACGGCCGUGCCGGAACCCUGGUACUACUGGUGUUAGUCUGGGUGCUCACCGCCAUCGCCAUUCUUCCAAACCUGGCACUUGGGUCGUUGACGUACGACCCUCGUGUUUAUUCAUGCACCUUUAGUCAGACGACAAGCGCGGGCUACACCAUUGCCGUGGUGACCGUGCAUUUCCUGCUUCCUAUCGCGGUAGUAACGUUCUGCUAUCUGAGGAUUUGGGUGCUGGUGCUUCGCGUGAGGAGGCGGGUGUCAACCGAUGUCAGGCCACGCCUCCGUCCGAGUGAGUUGCGCCACUUCUUGACCAUGUUCGUCGUCUUUGUGCUGUUCGCCGUCUGCUGGGCACCGCUGAAUUUGAUUGGCCUGGCUGUUGCGGUGGACCCACCCCAUGUAGCACCCAUGGUCCCUGAUUGGCUGUUUGUGGUGAGUUAUUUCAUGGCAUACUUUAACUCCUGCCUGAACGCCGUAGUGUACGGACUGCUCAAUCAGAACUUCCGCAGAGAAUAUCGAAGAAUACUUCUGUCACUUUGUAAGCCACGCCUCUUCUUGCAGGAGACAUCAAGGGGCGGGACUGAGCGCAGCAACAAACAGUCACCUGGCAACAACAAUAACGAUGAUCAGCCCAAAGCGAACACAAUAUAACUUACCCACAAUAUAUUUAAUUGUUCAGAGAUCUCAAAGAAAGAAUACUGCAAAAAGGUUUUAAAUUGUGUCCACUAAUGUUUUGAAAAUUUCGUUUUUAUGACUCACUUUAGAUACCAGCUCAAUACCUCAUUUGUUGGAAACCACACAAUUAUAAUAAUCCUCAGUAUUAGAAAACUGAAUUACAUCUCACAAGUAUUACAAUCACAUUCAAUUAAUGCAUGCUAAUGAUUGAGAACAGUGCAAUAAAUCCUUACCAGACAAAAGAUGCAAGCUUGAGAAAGACAAAGACCGCAGAACAUGUUCAUCUUCUCCAAACAUGCACCCCUAGAAAAUAACUUAUUUUUCUCACUGUUCGUUGGAGGCUGUUUUCUCCAACCAUCCAUAAAUUCUCACCUAACAGAUCUCUCACAAGAAGGCAGCACCCAGAGGACUCGCACAGUUUCACAAGUGCUUCCCUAAAGAUAUAACAAUAUUAAAGAAACGCUCCCUGAAUGCUUACACAUUUGUGACCAUUCAGCACCUUGACGUACGUUUUCCCAGCACUCCAAUAGUGUUAGCACCUUGUGCUAUGCAACCAAUUCAUUUUAAACUCAACGGAGAAAGUGUGAAACUAGGGCUCCCUUAGGUUUGCAGCAAAGGUUAUCCAAACGUUCCCCAAAACACUGCAGCAUCGUUCUUGUAAAACUCCCCUAUUGCUAUGCAAACUCAGCUUGAGCAACUCCCACUGCUGCAUUCAUACAAACACUGUGGAACUCUUCCCAUAUCCUUCCCACAAAAUUCCUCUACUAGGUCUGUGGAUGCAGUCCUAUGAGAAUAUGCCAAAAUGCUGCAAGAACAUGUUUUUUAUAUUCUCCAUAGGUUUAAAAACAAAACAUAAAAUGCUCCCUAUGUCUGCAUGUGCACCAGAACACAUCUGCACAUGCUGCACGUUACG